GACUUGGGAAACGAAACAUGCUGUUAUUCUGAAUGAAAAUCGAAAAAUAGUCCCUAGGAAACUCCAAUGCCCUCUCUGUGAAACUGCGGAAUGACAGAAGAAAUGUAAUAGUUUUUUAAACUUAAAAAAAACGUGGAAAGGAAUAAAUAAUAAUGUUGGGGACUAAGCAUCUUGUAAAUCUGACCACAAGUGAAAUAAUCAAUUAUACGAAAUACCAAACUGUACGAUGGCGGAAGCCGCUUUGGAUGGGUACUGCUAAAAGCAAAAAAUUUAAAGUUCCGGCGAGGCCAGUAAUUCCAAAAGAUGAACAUUCAGAACUGAUGAGACUUCAUAAUAAUUAUCGUACACAAAUCAAUUCACUAAAAAAGUUUUUGUAUUCUAAGCACAAUAUACGAUAUCUAGCAAGCGCUGAUCCAGAGGAACAAAGACGAGGGUUUGAGAAAGAUUACGAACAUUGCACUGAAGUAAAUGAUGACUGGAACCGAAAGCAACAAAUACUAAGGGAAAAAUACUUUGCCGAUAGACUGCAGGAAGAGAUAACUUUCGCUGAGAAAAGAAUUGAGACAGAACUUAUCAAUGCUGAGAAAAGAUUUGAAGAAUUUGAAGAAAUCGUUAGAAAGGAAAAAGCAAACUCGAAGUAUUUUAUCCUUGAAGAAAAUUUAGAUGAAGCAAUAGAAAAUGCUUUGGCAAAUCAAGUAGAUUAUAAUUAUGCCUUGGAAUUGAAUGGAGACAAAUUUCUAGGAAGAGAACAUGUUUUCAAAGAGGCUAAAGAAGAAUUUAGUGCAAAACAGUAGGUGAUUUGUAUUUUUGAAAAUAAAUAGAUUUUUUACAUUA